CAUACUCGUUCACAUUCUGCUCACUGCAAGUCCAAAUAUUUGACAUUGACACAAAUACAACACCAUGGACUGUUUUGACAUUUCAACCAUAAAGUGGGGGCAGUUUUGUAAAAUCCCAUCACCUCCAUCUUCUUCUCAUCUUGUUUGUGUUUUUCCUACUAAUUUCUCUGGUUUUUUCUUUUUCUUUUUCUAAAUUUAAUUUAAUAUUUUACAAAAGAGUUGGACAUUUAUGAGUAUGAGGUGUUUCAUCACACUGUGCUUAGUCUCUUUUUGGCUUCUCUUUGGUUCCUGCUGCUUUCAGAGUGUCUCAUCAAGAAAUUUAUCUGAGAGUGACCUACAACAAGCUGCUUUGCCACCAAGAGGGUGGAAUUCCUACGAUUCAUUUUCGUGGAUAAUAUCUGAAGAAGAAUUCUUACAGAAUGCUGAAAUAGUUUCUCAGCGUCUUCAUGCUCAUGGAUAUGAGUUUGUUGUGGUGGAUUUCCUCUGGUAUAGGAAGAAAGUUGCAGGUGCUAAUGUUGAUUCUCGUGGAUUUGACGUGAUUGAUGAAUGGGGAAGGAUGGUCCCUGAUCCAGGAAGGUGGCCUUCUUCCCAUGGUGGGAAUGGGUUAAGUGAAGUAGCUAAGAAAGUACAUAGCUUAGGUUUAAAGUUUGGAAUUCAUAUUAUGAGAGGGAUAAGCACACAAGCUGUGGAUGCAAAUACCCCUAUUCUAGAUACAUCAAAGGGCGGUGCUUAUCAAGAAUCUGGUCGUGUGUGGCAUGCAAAAGACAUAGCAAUCCCAAAAAGAGCUUGUGGAUGGAUGCAGAAUGGUUUCAUGAGUGUAGAUACAACAUUAGGGGCAGGGAGAGCGUUUUUGAGAUCCCUUUAUGAGCAGUAUGCUGCUUGGGGUGUUGAUCUUGUGAAACACGACUGCGUGUUUGGCGAGAACUUCGAUUUAAACGAGAUAACCUAUGUAUCUGAGGUUCUGAGCCAAUUUAAUCGUCCCAUUGUGUAUUCUCUGUCUCCCGGAAAAGAUGUGACACCAGCCAUGGCCAAGGAUGUCAGUGGACUAGUCAACAUGUAUCGCAUAACAGGAGAUGACUUUGAUAAAUGGGAUGAUGUCAAGGCUCAUUUUGAUAUAUCAAGGGACUUAGCUACAGCUAAUAUGAUAGGAGCAAAAGGUUUAAAAGGGAGUUCAUGGCCUGAUUUGGACAUGCUACCAUUUGGAUGGCUAACUGACAAAGAUUCAAAAGAAGAGCCACACAGGUAUAGUAACUUGAAUCUAGAUGAGAAAAGGACUCAGAUGACUUUAUGGGCUCUGGCAAAGUCUCCCCUUAUGUAUGGAGGUGACAUGCGGAAGAUCGACCCUGCCACAUAUGAAAUUAUCACAAAUCCUACCGUGCUAGAAAUUAAUUAUUUCAGCUCUAAUAACAUGGAGUUUCCUUACGUCACAAGCUCGAAGAACUCGAAUAACGAAUAUCAGCAUCAUAUACGGAAAAUGAGAAGAUCCAAGAAAGGAAAGAAACCUAUACAUUCAUUAGGCCUUACUAGCUGCACUGAAUCAAAGGCAAGUGGUUGGACUAUUGAAAAUAUUAACCAAGAUCUUGAAAGAAUCUGUUGGAAAGGGAGUGCAGAAAACAAGCAUCAGAACCCUUUCUGUGUACACAAGAGAGAACUUCAAUUCAGAUUAGACAAAGAGAGUAAGUAUCAAGAGGACUAUCGCGGGAAACAUCAAUUAGUUGCAACCAACCAAAUGAGACUUUGCUUCGAUGCUUCUCCAAAACGAAAAGUUACUUCCAAAGAGUUCAAGAGAGGCGCAUUUUCUCCUUGCAGUUUGGAUUCAAAUCAGAUUUGGGAGCUAAACUCCAAUGGAACCCUGGUAAAUAGUUACUCUGGUCUUUGUGCAACAGUGAAGUAUAUCCAAGCUAAUGUUGAAUCGGGUGGCAUUCGCUCUUGGAUUGCAACAGGAAGAAAAGGAGAAGUAUAUAUGGCUUUCUUCAAUCUAAAUGAACAGAAGACACCAAUAUAUGCAAAUAUGUCAUAUUUGGCGAAGGUUUUACCUGGCAGACGCAUCAAUUCCUGUCAAGGCAAAGAAGUGUGGAGUGGGAAGAACGUUGUAACAACGCAAGGGACAAUAUCAAUGGACGUGGAAGUUCAUGGAUGCGCGCUAGUUGUUCUAUAUUGCAACUAGACAAUAUCAAUGCUGAGCCUUUAUUUCUGUUUAUAUUUUGAGAUGUUAAUGUGGUGCGAUGCGUAUGUAAGUGUUGAAUUCCACCAUGUUAUAGACAAGUUACGUAGGUAGGUAACUAUCGUUGUAUACUUGUGUUAAAUAGGCUCUACUAAACAAAAAGCCUCAACCUGUUUAGGAGAUAAAAUUGCAGAGUUGAACACUGUUUUGGCUUGAACAAAUUCUCCUUUAUCAUUCCAUAAGCACAUCCUAA